CGCGGCGCUGGCAGGCCGGCUUUGCGCACCGGCGGAGUAAGGGGCGGAGGGCUGGCCCCGGUUGCGCGGGGCGCUGAGGGUGCGCCCCGCACCGGCGCGAUCGGAGGCCCCCGGACGGUCACCCGCGUCCGCCCGGGGACGCCGCGCGCCGAGGGACAGGCGGACGCCCGUCUGGGGCGGGGGCCGUGCUGCGGCGCCGCCCACAACCGCGCUCCAGCUGGCGCCCCGGUCAUGGAGGACUGCAGCGUGCGCUCGGCCGCCACCAUCCUGGCCUCGGUGAGAGAGCAGGAGGCCCGCUUCGAGCGGCUGACGCGGGCGCUGGAGCAGGAGCGGCGUCAUGUCGCCCUGCAGCUGGAGCGUGCCCAGCAGCCUGGCGCGGGAGGCGGGCAGUCCCUUCCCAUGGCCUGGCAACAGCUGGUUCUGCAGGAGCAGAGCCCGGGGAGCCAGGUCUCGCUGGCCACGAUGCCGGAGGCGCCCGAGGUGCUGGAAGAGACCGUGACGGUGGAGGAGGACCCGGGCACCCCCACCUCCCACGUGUCCAUCGUCACAUCCGAAGACGGCACCACGCGCCGCACGGAGACCAAGGUCACCAAGACAGUCAAGACGGUGACCACGAGAACCCUGCGCCAGGUGCCCGUGGGCCCCGACGGCCUCCCCUUGCUGGACGGCGGGCCCCCCCUGGGCCCCUUCACCGACGGCCCCCUGGACCGGCACUUCCUGCUGCGUGGGGGCGGCCAGGCAGCCACGCUCUCCCGCACCUGCCUCGGCGGCGGGGGCGGCUUUCCCGAAGAGCCCCGCGACGUCCCCGGCUACGGAAGCCUGUCUCGAGGGCUGGGCAUCCGGCCCCCACGCGGAGGCCCCUCGGGUCCGGGCCCCGGCGAUGGCUGCUUCACCCUGCCCGGCCGCCGGGAGGCCUUCCCCACAGGGCCGGAGCCGGGGCUGCCGGCUGGCCGCUCACAGCCCGAGCGGUUCCAGGCAGAGCCAUAUGGCUUGGAAGACGACGCUCGCAGCCUGGCCGCCGACGAAGAGGGGGCCCCGGAGCUGGAGCCGGACUACGGCACCGCCGCGCGGAGGAGGCUGGACUGUGGGCGGGGCCUGCGCUCCAGGGCCUACGAGGACGUGGUGGACGACGGCGGCGAGCUGAUGGAGGAGCGGCCGCCCUUCCCAGCCGCUGCGGCACCCCUGGCGCAGCCAGAACGUGGCAGCCUGGGCAGCCUGGAGCGGGCAGUGCGGCACUCGCCCUCGGUGGACAGUGCCCGCAAGGAGCCGCGCUGGCGGGACCCCGAGCUGCCCGAGGUGCUGGCCAUGCUGCGGCACCCCGUGGACCCUGUGAAGGCCAACGCAGCCGCCUACCUGCAGCACCUGUGCUUCGAGAACGAGGCCGUCAAGCGUCGCGUGCGGCAGCUGCGGGGGCUGCCGCUGCUCGUGGCCCUGCUGGACCACCCGCGCGCGGAGGUGCGGCGCCGGGCCUGCGGGGCGCUGCGGAACCUCUCCUAUGGCCGGGAUGCCGACAACAAGGCCGCCAUUCGGGACUGCGGCGGCGUGCCCGCCCUGGUGCGCCUGCUGCGGGCCGCGCGGGACAGCGAGGUCCGCGAGCUCGUCACAGGUACGCUCUGGAAUCUGUCAUCCUACGAGCCCCUGAAGAUGGUCAUCAUCGACCACGGCCUGCAGACGCUGACCCAUGAGGUCAUCGUGCCGAACUCAGGUUGGGAGCCAGAGCCCAACGAGGACUCCAAGCCACGGGACGCCGAGUGGACAACCGUCUUCAAGAACACGUCAGGCUGCCUGAGGAACGUGAGCUCGGACGGCGCAGAGGCCCGGCGGCGGCUCCGCGAGUGUGACGGGCUGGUGGAUGCCCUGCUGCAUGCCCUGCAGUCGGCCGUGGGCAGGAAGGACACGGACAACAAGUCGGUGGAGAACUGCGUGUGCAUCGUCCGGAACCUCUCCUACCACGUGCACAAGGAGGUGCCAGGGGCCGAAAGGUACCAGGAGGCCGAGCCUGGGCCCUCAGGUAGUUCCGGGAGCGCCCAGCGCCGGAGCAGGGAAGACGCUGGCUGCUUCGGUGGCAAGAAGGCCAAAGAAGAGUGGUUCCAUCAAGGGAAGCGGGAUGGGGAGAUGGACCGGAACUCGGACACCCUGGACCUGCCCAAGCGCACUGAGGCUGCCAAGGGCUUCGAGCUGCUGUACCAGCCCGAGGUGGUGCGUCUCUACUUGUCCCUCCUGACGGAGAGCCGCAACUUCAAUACCCUGGAGGCCGCGGCCGGCGCCCUGCAGAACCUCAGCGCCGGGAACUGGGUGUGGGCCACGUACAUCCGCGCUGCGGUGCGCAAGGAGCGCGGGCUGCCGGUGCUGGUGGAGCUGCUGCAGUCAGAGACCGACAAGGUGGUGCGCGCAGUCGCCAUCGCUCUGCGCAACCUCUCGCUGGACCGGCGCAACAAGGACCUUAUCGGGAGCUACGCCAUGGCUGAGCUCGUGCGAAACGUGCGCAGCGUGCAGGCACCCGCCCGGCCCGGUGCCCGCCUGGAGGAGGACACGGUGGUGGCCGUGCUCAACGCCAUCCACGAGAUCGUGUCCGACAGCCUGGACAACGCGCGCUCGCUGCUGCAAGCACGAGGCGUGCCCGCGCUGGUGGCGCUGGGCACCUCCAGCCAAUCGGUGCGCGAGGCGAAGGCCGCGUCGCACGUGCUGCAGACGGUGUGGAGCUACAAGGAGCUGCGCAGCGCCCUGCAGAAGGAUGGCUGGAGCAAGGCGCGCUUCCAGUCAGCUGCUGCUAAUGCCAGGGGCCCCAAGGCAGCCCCGAGUCCGGAAGGCUUGGACGACAGCACGCUGCCACUGGUGGAAAAGAGCCUGGAUGGUGAGAAGCCAGGCGGCCGGGACAUGAUCCCCAUGGAGGCACUUGGUCCAGAUGGCUACUCCACUGUGGACAGGAGGGAGCGCAGGGCUCGAGGCAGUGACCCUGCAGGGGAGAUCUCUGAGAAGGAGCCGUUGAAAGGCCUGGGCCCGGCCGUUUGCUCUUAGGGUCUGACCUCUGAAGAGACCACGGGAAGGGGCCUCUGGGUGCCCGUGCAGACCCUGCUGUGGAGCUGGAAGCCCUCUGGUGGCAGGGCGGGUGGCGCCUCCCCCUCCGGCCCUGGCUCCCCGCUCCUAACUCCCAGGCGAGUUAGCUUCCUGACAUGGUGCUGUGUGCAGUGCACGCCCGGGAGGCCCAGGCCAGGGCACCCGGCAUUGCUCUGGGGCCAGCGGGGCCCCCCAAGGAAUGCGGACGGGCGAGGAGGGGGCUCAGGGCAGGGAGUCUGGCCCCAAGGCUGCAGGGGCUUCCCUGGGCCCUGAGUGGGGGCAGCGCUGGGGGACAGCCCGCACAGAGAUCCUGGAGGCAGCGAGCAGGGGCUGGCUGCACGUGCCCCGCCCACCCGCCAUGCCUGGAGCCCCUCCCUGGGCACUGCAGCCCUCGAGUAACAGCUCUGGGACUGGCCUUUGGCAGCAGUGGGGGACUGCUGUUGAGUGCCUGCUAUUUGUGACUUAAAAACCAGAAAAACACUGAUAAAAAACAUUAAUAAAACCAAACUAAGACUGUAUUGGUAAACAUCUAAAUUUUGUAAGAAAAAUUAAAAAUUAUAAAAAGCAA